CAAAAUGAUCCUUGAUUCCGCUAUCCCAAUAACAUCACUAUGUGGGGAACUCCGUUAGCAUAAUUGUUGACAUCCACUGCCACUGACCUCCCUAUAGGGGGCAACAAGAAGAGGUAUCGACUGUGAUCCCAGCCCUCUUGGGGUGGAACCCCUUGCCGAGCAGCCUCCAACUCUCGCAUUUCUGAGGGUGCGAGACGGGUCACACAGAGAUUCGCGAGGUUCGCGAGGCGUGCCCCAGAGGUGAAACAGCCACACGUCUGCCAUAUACAAAUAAACGAGCGGUCGCUGCAAUCUACCACAAUGCAUCUGUUACCCAGGCCUCGCAGAACCUGAGGCUCGAUGCGCGGCAACAGGGAGCAACGACCAGGAUCGGGCAAAGACCUCGACCUGGCCACUCGCAGGCACGAAAAGCACUGCCAGAACGAGCGAGGUGAGGCGGGUUCGACGAUGUACCCCCUGGGCCUGCGUUCCCCGAGGGCCUCCCGCCAGGGGCCGGGGGCCUCGGCGAGGCCCGCACGCAACCCGCACGCAGGCUCGGGCGAGCCUGGCGGGGGCAGGAGGGGGCCGUUGCCCCGAGCCCGCGCGCCUCCGUGGGCCUGCUCGCCCGGGCCUCCUUCGCGGCCUCCGCCUCGACGAGGAGGAGAAGCGAGGAGGAGCGAGGAGCGAGGAGGAGGAGGAGGAGAGGAGGAGGAGGAGGAGGAAGCGGCGGGCCUCGCCCAGGAGCACCCCUCUCCCGGCGGGGCCUGGCGGGGGCCGUCCGAGGCACCCUCGAGGCCAGAGCCUUGGGGCCGCGGGACCGCGGCGCUGUCGAUGAUGGCGUUGGGCUCCGCUGCCACCGCUGUCGUCUCGCGGAGCAGCACCAUAGCCCACUGCCGCUGCUCGCCUGUCUCGCACGCGCUCAGCCCAGCGGUGUAGCUCAUGGAUAACGCUAAGUUCUACACCUUCGCCUUCCACAUCUCGAGCUGCUGCGCCGAAGCUCGUUGCCACUGCUCGCCCUUCUCGCACGCGCUGAUCCUGGCGGUGUUGCUUAUGCCGCUCGGCUCACCAUCAUCUCCGAAUAUUUGCUGAGCUCCGACAUCUCCUGCUCGGGAAACUUGCUGAGCAUUGACAGCAACUGCAUGACCUGCCCACCUCUAUCACAUGCGCUGGUACAACUGAAUAAGCAGAUGACGCUGGGCUCCAACUUCGCCUCACUCAUGUCGCUGAGCAGCGCCAAAGCCCCCUGCCACUGUCUGCAAAUCUCGCACGCGCUGAUCAAGGCGCUGUACGCAGAUGACAUUGGGCUCCUCCUUCACCUCUCGCAUCUCGCACAGCAGCGCCACAGCCCGCUGCCACUGCUCUCCCUUCUCGCACGCGCUGAUCCCAGCCUGUAGCUGAUGACGUUGGCCUCCAAUUUCACCUCCCUAAUCUCGCUGAGCAGCGCCAGUGCCCGCUGCCACUGCCCACUCUUCGCGCACGCGUCGACUCCACGGUUGUAGCUGAUCAAGUAUGCCUCCAGCUUCGCCUCCCGCAUCUCGCCGAGCAGCGCCAGCGCUCGCUGCCACUGACUCCCUUUCUCGCAAGCGCUGACCCCGGCGUUGUAGCUGA